GAGAACAGAGCUGUGAUCUUUAUCAGGUGGAAGUCGGACUCUGCAGCCUCGGUCAGGCCAGGACACACCAUUGCACAGUCAAGAUGCCCAAGGAGAUCAACAUUCACAUCUCAUUGAUGGAUUCAGAGCAGGAGUUUCCCAUCAAACCAAACACAAAGGGGAGUCAGCUCCUUGCACAGGUAGCCAGCUCCAUCGGCCUGCGUGAGGUUUCGUUCUUUGGACUGCAGUUUGUCAACGCCAAAGGAUCCAUAAAGUGGUUGAAACUUGAAAAAAAGGUUUUAUCUCAGAAUGUAAAGAAAGAGACUCCCCUUCGCUUCAAGUUGAGGGUCAGGUUUUACCCCAAGGACACUAUGAAGGAGCUGAUCUUGAACAGCACCAGGAAGUUGUUCUUCCUGCAGGUGGAGGAGGAUAUUCGUUCAAAGGCUAUCUGCUGUCCUCCGGAGACCGCCGACCUGCUGGCCUCAUAUGCAAACCAAGCAAAGUGUGGAGAGGAAGGGGCCAUGAUGGAGUACCUGAGGAUCGCCCAGGACCUGGAGAUGUAUGGUAUCAGCUACUUUGAGAUAAAGAACACAGAGGGCACAGAGCUGUGGCUGGGAGUUAGCAUGCAGGGGCUGAACAUCUAUACCAAAGAAAACAAGCUAACACCAACCAGUAAAUUUCCCUGGAGUGACAUCAAAAAACUUUCUUACGUUAGUAAGAAAUUUAUCAUCAGGCUCACAGAAAAGACAGCACCUAACAUCAUUUACUACUCCCCUGAAGAACAUGCCAACAAGGAUAUCAUACAGCUGUGCAUGGGCUACCACAGUCUGCACCUGCUCCCCAAGAUGGCCGACAGCGUCGAAGUUCAGCAGCUGAAGGCUCAGUAGAGUCUGUCAAAGAAAAUGUAGACCAAGGCUAAACCAAAACAUGAAGAUUGAGAGCUGGAAUGUGAAAGUGGGUUGUGAUUAUGUUACGUGAUCCGUUUUGAUUUUUUUUCCUUCACUUGCCCAGAAUCAUGAGCAGCAGGUCAUGAGGAGAAAUGCAAUAUCCUUUGUUUCCUUAAAUUAAAAGGUUUAAAUGGUCCCAAUGUUA